CUGUGUUUGGUAUAUAUUUAUACAAAUAUGAACUAGUCGUGUUUGUGUACUUAGGAGUUCUCUUUUGCAGAGCUUACGAGAGAAAAAGAAAGAAAGAAAAAAACCAGAUUUGUAGUUAAAAUCAUGAAAGUCGUACGCCGAGACCUCGUUCCCAACGGCCCUGGCAGCGUCAAGAUGAUACCGGUGGAUUCGGAUGAUCUCUGGUCUGUUUACAAUUUGAUAGCUACUGGAGAUAGAGUUAUGGCUCGAACCGUCAGGAAAGUUCUACGGGAGACGGCUGGUGGAAGAGAUGCAGAGCGUAUUACUCUGAAGUUAGAAAUCAAAGUUGAGGUAAUAGAUUAUGACAAAGAAGGUUCUAUCUUGCGUAUAAGGGGAAAGAACGUGCUGGAAAAUGAACAUGUUAAGAUAGGAGCAUUCCAUACUCUAGAACUUGAGCUUCAUCGACCUUUUGUAUUGAGAAAGGAUAUUUGGGACUCAUUGGCAUUAGAUGUGCUCCAACAGGCCUCUGAUCCUGGUGCGAGUGCUGAUCUGGCUGUGUUGUUAAUGCAAGAAGGGUUAGCAAAUAUUUUGCUUGUUGGUAAAAGUAUGACAAGUACUCGUUCACGGAUUGAAACUUCAAUUCCUCGCAAGCAUGGACCUGCCAUUGCUGGUUAUGAGGCGGCUUUGAAGAAGUUCUUUGAGAAUGUUCUACAGGCUUUCAUGAAACAUAUUGAUUUUAAUGUUGUCCGCUGUGCUGUUAUUGCAAGUCCUGGUUUCACAAAGGACCAGUUUCAUCGUCAUCUUUUAUUGGAGGCAGAAAGAAGACAGCUAAGACCAAUUAUUGAGAAUAAGUCACGAAUAAUUCUUGUGCAUACAAGCUCUGGAUACAAGCAUAGUUUGAGAGAAGUGCUUGAUGCCCCAAAUGUCAUGAACAUGAUAAAAGAUACCAAAGCAGCCCAAGAGGUCCGAGCUCUCAAAGAUUUCUUCAGCAUGCUUUCAAAUGAUCCAGCUCGUGCAUGCUAUGGACCAAAACAUGUGGAGAUUGCCCAUGAACGAAUGGCAGUUCAAACCCUUCUUAUUACAGAUGAUCUCUUCAGGAACUCUGAUAUAGCUACGAGGCAAAAGUAUGUCAAUUUGGUAAACUCGGUUAAGGAUUCAGGGGGCACUGCUCACAUUUUUUCAUCUUUGCAUGUGUCAGGGGAAGAACUGGCGCAGCUGACUGGUAUUGCAGCAAUCCUUCGUUUCCCUCUUCCAGAUCUGGAAGACAUUGAAAUGUAAGGGGGAAGGGACCAUUGUGUGCUUGUGCAGAGGGCAUUCACACAGCAUUUUGUCAAUCAAGAUUUUUGUAUAUUAUAAUUUGUUAGCUCAGUCUCGUGGAUGCCUGAAGUGGAAGGAUGAGUUUCAGGGGUAGAAUUGCUCCCUAAUGAACCUUACGUAUGAAUUUGUUUCAUACUCACAUUUCCCCUUUACUAGUAUUAUGUAAGAUUUAUUAUCAGCAUUUUUAUACCGUAUCAUAUCCUGACACAGUGAGUGUUAAACAGUCAAUGGACUCUAAAUCUAAAGUGUAACAUUAUUCAUACACUGCUUUUAAGUGAAAUAAAUAAUUUAAUUAAAAAAAAAAGUUAUCCUUA